CAGAGGUAAAGUCAUGAAUUUCGUUUAAACAACACCUAAACGUGACCUUCCUAGUCACAGAGCACAAUGUCUUCUGUCUGUUUAGAACUCGGGAUCUAAGACAUAACCUAGUCUAUACUCUGCUCUGUGAUGGCUGAACAAGGUGCAAAAGUUUACAAAAAGACCAGUCCUAAUGGAAAGCUUUCACUUUACCUUGGAAAAAGAGACUUUGUGGAUCAUGUAGACCGAGUAGAUGUCAUAGAUGGAGUUGUGCUCAUUGAUCCAGAAUACCUAAAGGAAAGGAAAGUUUAUGUGACCAUGACAUGUGCAUUCCGAUAUGGCCGGGAUGAUUUGGAUGUUAUUGGCCUCUCAUUUAGGAAGGAUCUUUAUGUGCUGACCUCACAAAUCUACCCCCCUAUCCCUGAGGAGCAGAAACUACUGACACCUCUGCAAGAGAGGCUGAUGAAGAAGCUGGGGGAGAAUGCAUGCCCUUUCAACUUCCAGAUGGCAACAAACCUGCCUUGUUCUGUCACACUGCAGCCAGGACCAGAUGAUAUUGGAAAGUCCUGUGGUGUUGACUUUGAAGUGAAGAGUUUCUGUGCAGAAAACCUGGAAGAGAAAAUUCACAAAAGGAACUCUGUUCGACUCAUUAUUCGAAAGGUCCAGUUUGCCCCUGAAAAAUCUGGUCCACCACCCAAGACUGAAACUACACGGCAAUUCAUGAUGUCAGACAAGCCCUUGCACCUGGAAGCAUCUUUGGACAAAGAGAUUUAUUAUCAUGGGGAACCCAUUAAUGUCAAUGUGAAAAUUACAAACACAACUAACAAGAUUGUGAAGAAAAUCAAACUAUCAGUUGACCAGAUUACCGAUGUUGUGCUGUAUUCCCUUGACAAGUACACCAAAACUGUGUGUUCAGAGGAAAUGACGGACACUGUAGGUGCUAAUUCUACUUUCUCAAAGACAUAUGUGGUUACUCCACUCCUGGCAAAUAAUCGUGAGAAACGUGGUCUGGCACUGGAUGGCAAACUGAAACAUGGAGACACCAACCUUGCCUCAAGUACAAUCUUACAACCAGGGAUGGACAAGGAAGUUUUGGGAAUCUUGGUCUCCUAUAAGAUCCGAGUUAACCUGGUUGUAUCCAGAGGAGGGAUUCUAGGAGAUCUAACUUCAAGUGAUGUUGGAGUUGAAUUGCCUUUAAUCUUGAUGCAUCCUAAGCCAUCCGAUGAUGAUGUACCCAGGAGUGAGGAAGACAUCGUGAUCGAAGAGUUUGCCCGCCAGAAACUCAAGGGAGUGCCUGAUGAUGAAGAUGAGGAGGAGAAGGGUGAAGCUGAAAAGGAUGAGAGCUAAACCAUAACUGAAGAUGGCAGCUGGAUAGCAGGAAAACUGGAGGAAGAAACAGAUUCCCAAGUAGUUUAUAAGAUUUCUGUGGAGGCUGGCAUGACAGUAGGGCUACAUCGAGACUCUAUUCUAUUUUAAAAUGCUACUUGCCCAAAUAGAAAAUAGCUGUUGUCAUUAGUAAGACCAAACUCCCAUCUCUCAUCAGAGAGUGGUGAAGGAUGUCAAAGGUCAUUGUGCUGGGUAACACAAGGAGAACAUGGGUUCUUGUUUCCUCAAGCAAAGGAAAUUCAAACCAAGCAGAGCGAGAGUGUUGGAAACGUCUAUGUUUCUAAUCUAGAACCACAAAACUAGGGCACAAUAAUUACAAGACACUGCUAUACAUUGCUGCCAUUGGCUGCAAUAUAGUUGUUGUGCCAUGGCUAUUACCAUAAUAAUCCAAUGAGCAGCAACAUGUGUGCAGCUAUCUCUAAUAUUCUACAUCCAAGAUACACAUUCUGUACAGUUCAGGUGUGCAGCUAUCUCUAAUAUUCUACAUCUAAGAUACACAUUCUGUACAGUUCAGGUGUGCAGCUAUCUCUAAUAUUCUACACCCAAGGUACACAUUCUGUACAGUUUACUUGUGCAGAUAUCUCUGAUAUUGUACGUCCAAAGUACACAUUCUGUACAGUAUGUGUAUGCAGCUAUCUCCAAUACUCUACGUCCGAGAUACAUGUUCUGUACAGUUCAUGUGUGUGGCUAUCUCUAAUAUUCUACAUGCAAGAUAUGUAUUCUGUACAGUUUAUGUCUGAUGCCCACUACAGCUGGUAUGACUGAUAGUACAUGAUAUUAGAAAGAGUACAAUUAGCUACCCAGUUUUUAACCUGUUAUUAUUAAGUUGUACACUAGCUGUAAAGCAGAUACAAGUUCACUUAGUGUGGAUGACAACAGAUCCAAGAAACACCAGUCUUACUUUAAAUGACUGUGAUAUGAGUCAAUGUCCUACCCCACAAAAAAUCUUUUAUAGUUUAAUGAUACAUUUUUGCACUAGACAGCUGACAUUUCUGUCGGAGGUUGUGAAAGGGAAGUUACAUAUUCAUGCAUUACUUAGCCCACAUCCUGCUUUCCCACCUUUAUCAGAUUCAAACAGCAGCAAUUCAUUCACAUUAGGCAUGUAACAACAGGAUGAUAUAAAUUCUGAUGAAUUUCUCUAAUAACAAUUUAAUGAAAAAUGCACUAUAACCAAGACGUAUACUGAUGUGCAGGACCAUGGCAGUACAGACCUUUCCUGAUGUCAAUGUGGCAGAUUCCAAUUUCUUCACAUAAAUGACUUCCCUUUUUGAGCAAUGUGGCCUUUUAUGCCAUUUGUCCUGAGAGACAUGCACGUUGUUCCUUCCUAAAGGUAUAUUUGCUAGCUUCUUUUGUAAACCUCAUAAUGUCGAGUCAUGAAUGACAAGGCAUGGAUUAGUCUUUUUAUUGCAGAUGUGAAAAGUGUUUUUUCUUUUGUGCCUGCAGCAAGAUUUGUCAGCAGUAUGACAGAUAAGCAUGCUUGGCCUCUUGCCAUGACAAUAAGUGUGGUAAUUCUAACCCUUUUAUAGUGUCUAUAUAUAACCCAAACCAUGAGACUGUAUGAUGUCUUGUAAUGAUUAUAACAAAUAAAUAAAUGUAUAUAAAACACA